GUUGUUUUUACUAUCUUUGCAGCAAGCUAAAAUCUUUCUGAGCGCGUGUUUGUUUACAUAAUAUUUUGUAAAGGUUAUGUGCUGGUUGUCGAAUAUGUUGACGAAAGGAACUAAAUAUUGCGUUUUUAUUGAGUUUGCUUCAAGGAAUAUAAGCACUGCUUCGUUAAGGAGGAGCAAAGGGAAGGUAUUAGAAGGGCGUCACGAAGUUCGUGUGAGAUUUGCACCUAGUCCCACCGGUCAUCUCCACCUGGGAGGUUUGAGAACAGCUUUGUAUAAUUACUUAUUUGCGAAAUCACACAAUGGACGGUUUGUACUUAGGAUAGAAGAUACUGACCAAAGUAGGCUUGUGCCAGAGGCAGCAGAAAAACUAGAAAAAGACCUUAAUUGGGCUGGUAUUGAGCCAGAUGAAAGUCCAUUACAGGGUGGUCCAUAUGGCCCGUAUAAGCAAUCAGAGAGACUGAAUUUGUAUAGGAAACACGCAGAAUAUUUAUUAUCUUCUGGGAAAGCAUACCCAUGCUUUUGCACUGAACGGCGCCUCGAAUUACUGCGAAAAGAGGCAUUGAAAGCGAGGCAAGUUCCACGAUAUGACAAUAAAUGCCGUCAUUUGUCAAACAGUGAGGUUGGUGAGAGACUAGAGCAAGGUACUCCUCACUGCAUUCGGUUCAAGCUGUCACCUACAGAUCCUUUUUUAGAUCUAAUAUAUGGUGAAAUUUCAUAUGAUUUGACAAAAUCUGAAGGUGAUCCUGUGAUUAUGAAGGCCGAUGGCUAUCCCACAUACCAUUUUGCGAAUGUUGUUGAUGAUCAUUUUAUGGAAAUCUCUCAUGUUUUGCGAGGUGUAGAAUGGCAGAUUUCAACAAGCAAACACAUUUUAUUAUACAAAGCAUUUGGUUGGCGGCCACCACUGUAUGGUCAUCUUCCUCUGAUUAUGAAUAAGGAUGGUACCAAACUGUCUAAGCGCCAAGGUGACAUAACUGUAGAGUAUUUCAAGAAAGCUAACGUCUUUCCAUUAGCUUUAAUUAACUACAUUACAAGCGCAGGUGGUGGAUUUGAAAGAAAUAUGGAUAAAGUGAAACCACAGAUAUACUUGAUGCAAGACCUGAUAAAUCAGUUCUCCACAACUCGAAUUAAUCCCAAUUCUUGUCGCUUGGUGCCAGAAAGACUGGAAGAGUUUAACAAACUAGAACUGCAACGCAAACUUAGAAAUGAAGACGAGACCAAAGUAUUGAUUGAGAAAGUGAAAGAUAUCAUCUCAGACGCAUUUAAAGACAGGUUAGAAAACACGGUCUUACAGCUGGAUGAUAGCCACAUUAAAGCAGUACUGUUGUGGAGUCAGAACCGUAUUCAUAGUAUUACUGAUCUGACUGGUAGUGACAUGGCAUUCCUGUGGACACUACCAUCUUCUUCCAGUCUUCAAAGUUCAACAACCGAAGUAUUGAGUCAAGGUAUUCUUCAGGAACUGAUAGCGUACCUCUCGAAGGAACAGUUGAAAGAUGAUUUCCAGAAGAACAAUUUGAAAGCACUGCUGCGAAAAUUUGCAUCUGAGAAAAGGAUAUCCUUCAGUAACUUCAUGAGAGUUCUCCGGCAUAUUCUUAGUGGCUUAAAGGAAGGUCCAGGUGUUGCUGAGAUGAUGGAAAUGCUUGGACCAGAAAGAACGGUUUCCAGACUGCAACAUGCUUUACCUUUGCUGAAACAGGAAUGAUUUCUGUUGUUUCUCAUAUGUGUGAUUCAUGAUGUGAUGAUGUGAAUGGAAUGAUCAAGAAUCUAAUAUGUUGAUUUUCAUUGGACAAUAACAGUGACAUUAAGUUUUCAGCAGUAACAGUAUCCGGGUACCAACAUUAUUGUUAUCGUGAUAUAGUAAUAUAGCAAAGAAAACAAAGCUCUCAAGCAGCUUUCUAUAACUUACCCAUUGUAAUAUUCUGUUCAUUACAGACAUUUUAUGCAUUGUGAUACAAUAAACAAGCACCAUACAUCUUAUCAGCAUAUUGAUUUGCAAUGCUCUUUUGGGCCACUAUGUGCUCUUUUCUAAAGAAAGUAUUUUAGAUCAUCAGUAAUAAAAUUAUGGCGCUUUGUAUACUUCUUCACUUGUCCCAAGUGUAAGUGCAUUUGAUAAAAAUUAACCCUUCAAAUCGAGAAUGCUAAGAUGACAGUAGCAACAUUCACAGAAACGUUAAUUGAUGAAGUGCGAAAAGAACAGCCUCUGUAGAAUGAAUGGAAACUGCCAAAAUAUAUUAAAUUUUGACUGCAGUGAGGGGAUAUAAAGUAAUGUGCUUGUACAUAAUAAUGAAAAAUCUGGGGCGGAAUACAAAUAACACCACACAGCAACACAGCAGCACCACGCAGUGGGGAUGCCUGAUGAAGGAAUAGGCAUUUUAACAAGUCCAGUCGUGGCAAGGUGAAGUCAAUACCCCUCUCUCUCUCUCUCUCUCUCUCUCUCUCUCUCUCUCUCUCUCUCUCUAUGUGGGGAUGGGAGGGGGGAGAGAGAUACGAGCCAUGAAAUGAUUCAAGUGGUCAGCAAUGUAUUGACACACCCCCAGCUUUUGUAGAGCCUCCUGUAACAACGAAAGUGAUACUCAGGUGCAAAUGUUGAGUAGCAUCGGUAGAAAACAUAUUGUUUUCUGAAUAUUGAUACUUUAUUAUGGGUUGUGAGUUAUAUGAGCACGUGACAAAGCAAGCUGGGAUCUUUUUACUUCCUCUCUUGUUGUGCCAUGUGCUUCCUUAAAUUAAUUUUUUUUUACUAAUUACCAUUAACAUACUUAAGAAUAACCUUCAUUUUCAGAAAUGAGAGAGGUUGGCCCUCAGUUUUAAAGAAUAUAACACCAGAUCUAAUUUUGUGCUUGGUUUUAUGUAUAAAAUUGAUUUUCUAAUUUAUUUUGACUAUUUCUAGUUAACAUCUUUCAUUAUAGGGUGAAAUCGGU